AUGCCGCGCCCACAGGUAGAAGAACUCUCCGAAUUCGAGAAACAACGACUCGCAAACAUCGCCGAACGGGAUGCGCUUCUGAAAAAACUCACCUUGGGAGCACAAUCAUCCGGUCUCUUCGCAAAAGUAUUGCCCAAACCUAGCGGCAAGGAAGCCACUUCACGACCGAAAAAGAAGCCCGCCCCUCGCGUGAAAAAAGAAGAUGAAGCCCCAAUCGUGCGGCGCAUGUCAUCCCGCCUACGAGGCAUUCAGGCAGAUAGCGAAGUCGCAAAGCGAAAAGCAGAUGAAGCUUUUGAACAAGCGCAGAAAAUUGAGCGAGAGAAGAGAUUACGGAAAUCUGAUUUCUUUACGCUUGAUAAUAUGCUUGUCUCUGGGCAGAAAUUGAGGGGUGAUGCUCUCAUCGGGAUUGAUGUGGUUACAAAGGGUGUUGCGAAGCCCUAUGAGCGGACAUUUGGAGAUGAGGAUGUUAAAAAUACGAAGGAUGGGGAUCUCAAGGCAUUGAGGGAGGAAAUGAGCUCAUUAGAGCUGUGGGAUCAAUGGACGCCCGGUCGUAUCAAAAUUACACCGGAAAGGAUAUAUACAAUGACAUUUCACCCAUCCGAAGCAAAACCCCUGAUAUUCGCUGGUGAUAAAAUGGGCCAUCUAGGUGUUCUUGACGCAUCGCAGAAAAGACCAAAGAUAGAUGAAGAUGACGAGGACUACGAUGACCCUGACCCAGCAAUCACAACGCUCAAGCCACAUACUCGCACUAUUAGCUCAAUGGUUAUACCACCACGAAACCUGACACAUCUCUAUACCGCAAGCUACGAUAGCUCCAUCCGCGAACUGGACCUAGAAAAAAUGACAUCUGAAGAAAAAUGGGCCCCAGCAUCAAGAGCCGCCGAUGAACCCGUAUCAAGCAUUGAUAUGGCAUUGGACGAUCCCAACACUCUCUAUUGGACAACACUCAGCGGUCUUUUCAAUCGUUAUGACUUGCGCUCACCUAACAAGCCCUCGGCAGUUCAGGAAUGGCAGCUCUCCGAGAAGAAAAUAGGCGGCUUCUCUUUACUUCCAUCGCAUCCUCAAUUAUUUGCAACUGCAAGCUUGGAUCGCACAAUGCGAGUAUGGGAUAUAAGGAAAUUGUCUCAUUCGAAUCCACAGCCCAUUGGCGAGCAUGAGAGUAGACUGUCUGUGUCGCAUGCGGCGUUCAAUAGUGUGGGCCAAAUAGCCACCUCAUCAUACGAUGAUUCUAUCAAAUUAUACGAUUUUGGAAAGAAAGGGAUUGUAUCAUGGGAACCGGGCCACCAACUCAGCGAGGAAGAAAUGAAGCCCGAUACUGUGGUGCGGCACAACUGCCAAACAGGUCGUUGGGUCACAAUCCUUCGACCACAUUGGCAACAAAACCCGCAAUCAGCAAUCCAGCGCUUCUGCAUUGCCAAUAUGAACCGCUUCGUUGACAUUUAUACUUCCAAUGGCGACCAGUUAGCACAACUUGGCGGCGAGGACAUCACAGCUGUCCCUGCAGUGGCAGUCUUUCACAGGAGUAAGAAUUGGGUAGCUGGUGGAACUGCGAGUGGAAAAAUAUGUUUAUGGAUGUAA